CUGCGCUCCGCACCGCCCCUCCCAGGCCGCCGUCCGGACGAGCCGGUCCGGGCUUGUCGGCAGGAAACGCGGCCCAGCACCUGAGAGGGGGAGCCGGCCCCAAGCGGGAGCGGACGCGGGCCCAGGUCUGCGCGGGAUAUUGAAGGAUGUUUGUUCCAAGAUCUCUGAAAAUUAAGAGGCAUGCUAAUGAAGAUGGCAAAAAUUGUGUGGCUAAGAAAAUUAAACCAGAAGCAGAAGACCUUCAGUCAGACAAAGGCAGAGAUGUUCCAUUUGAUGCUUUAGUUACAGAAGAAGCCAUAACACCAGAUAGGCACAGCAGCGAGUCUUGUCCCUUCCCCAGUCCAGCUGGCCAGUUGGCUGAGGUUAGUUCUGUAGGACCUGAGCAGGGCACAAAGGACAGCCAUCCUUUUGAAGAGCCUGUUAAGUCAUUUUCCAAAACACAGCGCUGGGCAGAACCAGGGGAACCUGUCUGUGUUGUCUGUGGCCGAUAUGGAGAGUAUAUCUGUGAUAAGACGGAUGAAGAUGUGUGUAGCUUGGAGUGCAAAGCAAAACAUCUUCUACAAGUUAAGGAAAAGGAAGAGAAAUUAAAACUCAGCAAUCCGCAGAAAGCUGAUUUGGAGCCAGAGACUCCACUGAAUUCGUUGUAUGUCUACAAAGAGCACCCUUUCAUUUUGAACCUUCAGGAGGACCAGGUUGAAAAUCUUAAACGGCAGCUGGGAAUUGUAGUUCAAGGGCAAGACGUCACGAGGCCCAUCGUUGACUUUGAACAUUGUGGUUUCCCUGAGGCCUUAAAUCACAACUUGAAGAAAUCAGGCUAUGAAGUGCCGACCCCCAUCCAAAUGCAGAUGAUUCCGGUGGGACUUCUGGGAAGAGAUAUUCUGGCCAGUGCAGAUACCGGCUCAGGAAAAACAGCUGCUUUUCUUCUUCCUGUUAUCAUCCGAGCAUUAUUUGAAAGCAGAACUCCAGCUGCGCUCAUUCUCACACCAACAAGAGAGUUAGCCAUUCAGAUAGAGAAGCAAGGUAAAGAACUGAUGAGUGGCCUGCCACGCAUGAAAACUGUGCUUCUCGUGGGGGGCUUACCCCUACCCCCCCAGCUUCACCGUCUGCAACAACAUGUUAAGGUUAUCAUAGCCACCCCUGGGCGACUUCUGGAUAUAAUGAAACAGAGCUGUGUAGAACUCUGUGGUGUAAAAAUUGUAGUAGUAGAUGAAGCUGAUACCAUGUUAAAGAUGGGCUUUCAGCAGCAAGUGCUUGACAUUUUGGAAAACGUUGCAAAUGAUUGUCAGACCAUUUUGGUUUCAGCCACAAUUCCAACUAGCAUCGAACAGCUAGCAAGCCAGCUUCUGCACAAUCCCGUGAGAAUCAUCACCGGAGAAAAGAACCUACCUUGUGCCAAUGUGCGUCAGAUAAUUCUGUGGGUGGAAGACCCAGCCAAGAAGAAAAAAUUAUUUGAAAUCUUAAAUGAUAAGAAACUCUUUAAGCCUCCAGUGUUAGUGUUUGUGGACUGCAGACUAGGAGCAGAUCUGUUGAGUGAUGCCGUUCAGAAAAUCACAGGGCUAAAAAGCAUAUCUAUACAUUCGGAGAAGUCACAAGUGGAAAGGAAAAACAUAUUGAAGGUUUGA